AUGUCCUCUAAGAGAACAUCGACACAAGUGAUUAGAGAAGAACAAGAAGAUGGAACUAUAAUAGAAAAAACCGUGACAACUUUCAUAGAAGAACGAGAAGAAGAAAAUGAACCUAGCAUUACUACCACAUCUGCCACUAAUACCAGUGAAACUGGAAUUGAAUUGAAAAAUGAUAAUGGAGAUAUCAUCACUAAUAACGAUAAACCAGAGUCACCUAAUAAAAGAACAUCGACACAAGUAAUUAGAGAAGUACAAGAAGAUGGGAGCAUAAUAGAAAAGACUGUGGUAACUGUAAUUGAACAAAAUAGUGAAGAAAGAGAUGAAGAGAGAGGCGAAGAAAAAUAUGAAGAAAGAAAUGAAGAAAAAUAUGAAGAAAAAUAUGAAAAAAGUGAACCUAUCAUUACUACCACAACCACCACAUCUGCUACUGAUAAUAGUCUUAGUGACACCACUAAAACCGGAACUGAAUUAAAAAGUGACAAUGGUGAUGAUAAUGCAAUUAUUAAUGAUGAUGAUUAUUCGGAAAAAAAGAUUGAAAAAAUUGACAGUACCGCCACCGCUACUAAUAAUGAUAAUAUUAGUAAUGAUCCAGAAAAAAACAAAGUAUUGGCAGAAACCCCCACGCAUCAUCAAAGAAUUCAAUUUGAAGAAAGAGAAAAACCAGAUCGUAUUACUCCAACUGACCAAAAUGACAAUAUUACAACCGAUCCAACAAUACAAUCUUCGUCUGAUGCUGCUACUAAUAAUAAAUCCAAAGAAAUUCCUGACGUAGAUUCUCCAAAAAAGAAGCAUAUGGAUAUUGAUGAACAUAUGUUAAACCCUAAUGAAGUUUCCAAACGUUACUCUGUUAACAUCAAUGUCGAGAAACCUCCAGAAUCACGUGGUUUAACAGAAGGUCAAGCAAGCAAAAUUUUAUCAGAAAAGGGUCCAAAUGUUCUCACUCCACCCAAAAAGAAACAUCCUUUUAUGAAAUAUUUAGAAUGUUUAUCUACUUUAUUUAAUGUUUUAUUAAUUAUUGCUGGUAUCUGCAUGUACAUCGUAUUUGCUAUAGACCCUCAAGAUAAUCCAUCUAAUAGUUACCUUGGUGCAAUUUUAUUGGGUGUUGCUUUCUUAAAUGCCUUUAUUGAAUUCUAUCAACUACAAAAAUCUGCUGCUAUUCUCGAAUCCUUUUUAAAUUUAAUUCCUCAAAAAUGUUAUGUCAUCAGAGAUGGAAAACUCACUCAAAUUCAAGCUUCAACUCUUGUACAAGGCGACUUGGUUUUCAUAAAAAUGGGUGAUAAGGUUCCGGCUGACUUGUAUUUGUUUUCUGUUACUGACAUGAAAGUCGAUAAUUCCUCCUUGACCGGUGAAUCUGAAGCUCAGGAAAGAACAAAAACAAACGAUCACGAAAAUCCUUUAGAGGCUACAAAUCUUUGUUUCAAUGGUACUUUGGUUACUUCUGGUGAAGGUUAUGGUAUCGUAAUAAGGACUGGUGAUCACACUGUUCUGGGUCAAAUUGCCGGUUUGACUGCUGGCGAAGAUAAAAAUAGGUCUCCUUUAUCCCAAGAAAUCGACAACUUUGUUAAAAUAAUUGCAACAAUAGCUUUAUCAUGUGCCCUUAUAUUCUUUGGCAUUGGUAUGAGAGUUUACAACAACCAGGUCUCACUCACUCUUAGUUUUGCUAUAUCCGUAUUGGUUGCCUGGGUACCUGAAGGUUUACCCGCCACUGUCACAGUGCUUUUAACUAUUGCCGCAAAAAGAAUGGCUACUCAAAAUGUCUUAGUCAAAGAUCUUCAAGGGGUCGAGACUCUGGGUGCGAUCACACUUUUGGCCACUGAUAAAACUGGUACUCUCACUAGAAAUCAAAUGACCGUCACAUAUAUAUGGUCGGCUUUAAAUAUGUAUUCAGCAUUUCGUGGUGUUGGCCAAAAUGACAACUUACCUUUUGAUAGGGAUGCUCCUGGUAUUCAAGAUAUCAUAAAUAUCUCCAUAUUAUGUUCCCGUGCAAAAUUUAAUAGUACUGACAUCCCAUUCCAAGAACGUGAAAUUCUUGGUGAUGCAACUGAAACUGGUCUGAUUCGUUUUGCAGCUCAAAAUGUGGAUGAUUAUGAUGAUGUUGUUAACUCGCAUCCAAAGGUUUUCGAGAUUCCUUUCAAUUCCGAAACAAAAUGGGCUCUCACUAUUCACAAGAAAAAACAUGAAAAUGGUGAAUUGGUCUUGUAUAUAAAAGGUGCCCCCGAAAGAGUACUCAAAUUGUGUUCUACCAUUUUAACAGAUAAAAGUGCUAUUCCUUUGACCGAGGUGCACAAAAGAACUUAUGAUGAAAGGUACGAGUUCAUGGCUUCAAAAGGUCAUCGUGUCUUGGCUUUUGCUGAAUUUUUGUUACCACGUGACCAAUAUCCAGAGGACACCGAAUUUAAAAAAGAAAAAAACAAUUAUCCACUUAAGGAUUUAUGCUUUGUUGGUCUUGUAUCUCUUGAAGAUCCACCAAAACAUGGAGUACGUGAAGCUAUUGGCCGUUGUCGUACCGCUGGUAUUCGUGUCAUGAUGGUGACCGGUGAUCAUCCUUUAACUGCUGAAGCUAUUGGUAGAAAAAUCAAUUUAAUGUUAAGUGAUACAAAACAACUGAUGGCUAAACGUACAGGACGUCCUAUAGAAUCAAUCAGAGAUGAUGAGUGUAAUGCUGUUGUAAUUCAUGGUGAACAAAUUGAUUCGUUGAGUGAUAUGGAUUGGGAAAGUAUUUUUGCCAAGAAUGAGAUAAUAUUUGCUAGAACUUCACCUCGUCAUAAACUUGAAAUUGUCAAACGUGCUCAAGGAAUGGGUCAUAUUGUAGGCGUAACUGGUGACGGUGUAAACGAUUCGCCGGCUUUGAAAAAGGCAGAUCUUGGUAUUGCCAUGAAUCAAUCAGGUUCUGAUGUCUCCAAGGAAGCUGCUGCUAUGAUUUUAAUGGAUGAUAAUUUUGCUUCAACUGUAAAAGGUAUCGAGGAGGGUCGUCUAAUUUUUGCAAAUUUAAAAAAAUCUAUAAGAUACACGAUUUCUCACUCCACACCACAAGUUGCGAUGUCUUUACUCUAUGUAAUUGUACCCAUACCAUUACCAUUACCACCAAUCCUUAUUUUAGUGACUGAUUUAGGUUUUGAAUUAUUUGUUGCUCUUUCUUAUGCAUGGGAUAAACCAGAGUCAGAAAAAAGUCUUAUGAAAUUUCCACCACGUAAACCUGUGACAAAUGAAUCAAUCCAACGUCUUAAAGCUCGCAAACUUCGUCGCACACCAACAAUAAGGGAUCCGGAAACAGGAGAACCUGUAAAAAUUUCAAGAUUUUCUUCAUUUUUAUACACAAUCAAAAAGCCAUUCACUGCUGAAUGGUGGUCUGAAUUAUUGGAGAGUGAAGGUGGCGAGGUUUUGGUUGAUUUGAAUCUUUUGAGUUGGUCGUAUUUAGAAAUUGGUACUAUAGAGGCAAUCGGGGCUAUCGUUUCAUAUCUUGUGGUAUUGAAUAGUCAUGGAAUCUCUCCUUAUGACGCAAGAAAUAUGCAAAAUUCAGUAACUGAAGGAGGUUAUUUUACUGAUAAAGCAAGCACCUAUACAUCCGUUUAUGGCACUGAAUUGGAUGCAGCUGCUCAAAAAGAAGCAGUGGCUCAAGCAGCCUCAAUUGUAUACCUUGGUAUUAUGAUUCAACAAAUGUUUAAUUUGUUUGCAGUGAAGGGAAGAUAUCGCUUACCAUUUGGUUGGUUCAUAUUUUCAAAUCGUCUUAAUUUCUAUGGUGUAUUUGGUGGUGUCGUAUUAGCCAUGUGUAUCGUUUACAUUCCACCUUUUAAUAUUGCUUUCGGAACAAGUUAUCACCUUAGUCCAUUAUUUUGGCUUAUACCGAUGGCAUUUGGUAUCUUCAUUUUGAUGUAUGCUAGUUUACGUAUAUUAUUGUUAAGGAAAGCACGGCCAGUUAAUCUUAAUCCGGAAAUUGCAGGAUUACAAAUGUAUCCAACAGUACGUUCUGUAGAAAGAAAGGCCUGA